ACAGUUCAGGUCAGUCGGUUAAAUUCGGCAGUGGAGUUUAUUAGUGUAGAGGCGCUGGACGGAUAUGAGGAAAAAAUGACCGAAGAGUCUGCGGUUAAAGUUUGUGUUAGGGUUCGACCCCUUAUAAAACGUGAGGAGGGGGAUAAUGCAGAGCCUAUACAGCUGUACUGGAAGGCUGAUAAACAGGCCAUACAUCAGAUUGACGAUGAUGGUACCCUGACCAAAAGUUUCAGCUUUGACAGGGUAUUUAGUGCAGAGGAAUCCACCAAUCAGCUCUAUCAGGACAUCGCCAAACCCCUGGUGGUGUCCACCGUGGAAGGAUACAAUGGAACUAUAUUUGCAUAUGGACAGACGUCCUCUGGAAAGACGUUUACAAUGAUGGGCAGUGAGCACAAUCCUGGUGUGAUCCCUCUCGCCAUGGCAGAUGUUUUUCAGACGAUCAAAAAUUGUCCAAAGAAAGAGUUUCUUCUGCGUGUAAGCUACAUGGAAAUUUACAACGAAACCGUUACAGAUCUCCUCGUUGACAGCUGGAAAAGAAAACCGCUGGAAAUCCGCGAAGGCAACUACAAAAACGUGUACGUGGCUGAUCUGACAGAAGAGCUGGUGACGUCUCCGGAACAAGCCCUGGCCUGGAUCCGGAAAGGAGAAAAAAACAGGCAUUAUGGAAAGACUAAAAUGAACCAGAGGAGCAGUCGCUCACACACCAUCUUCCGCAUGAUCUUGGAGAGCAGGGAGAGAAGUGACCCAGCAUCCGGUGAAAAUGCAGACGGCGCCAUCAUCGUGUCCCAUUUGAACUUGGUGGAUCUUGCUGGUGCUGAGCGAGCGAGUCAGACUGGAGCAGAGGGAACCCGUUUCAAAGAGGGAUGCAACAUCAAUCGCAGUCUCUUCACCUUGGGACAGGUCAUCAAGAAACUGUCUGAUGAGAGCCAGAAGGGUUUCACGAACUACAGAGACAGCAAACUGACCCGGAUCCUGCAGAAUUCUCUGGGAGGCAACGCCAAAACAGUCAUCAUCUGCACCAUCACACCAGCUACUGUGGAUGAAACCGUGAGCACUUUACAGUUUGCCAGCACUGCAAAGCGCAUGAAGAAUGAUCCUCACGUCACGGAGGUCUCAGACGAAGGUGCUCUUCUGAGAAGAUACCGCAACGAAAUCGUGGAUCUCAAACGCCGUCUUCAAGAGGUUUCUUCAGUCACUCAAACGACUGUGACGGAGAAGGAGACCCUGUUCCAGCUAAUACAAGAGAAGGAUCAACUCCAGAGAGAGCAAGCAGAUCGUAUAACCAACCUCACAAAGCUUUUAGUAACUGCAUCAAAUGUGGUCCCUGUCCAUAAGAUUCCCAAGAGAAGAGUAACCUGGGGUGGAAAGCUCAUCAAGUCAUCAUUGGGGGUAAAUGAUCACGGGUCUCCGGAUAUGAGUUUUGCCGAGCCCUUUCUCAAAAAGAGGAAAGCAGAUCUUACUGUGACCGAGGAUUCUGAAGACAUGGAAGAGUUCGACUUGACGCCAUGUUUUUUCUCUCCUGCUGAGGACACCUCUAUAGACCUGGAGAUGAACCAGAGUAAUGUUACAAUGCGCAGCUCUGCAGAAGGCGUGUGCACCGACUUGCCCCAGCUCAUGUUCAGAGUCGAGUGUUUGGAGCGUCAGCUGGACACAGAAACUCAGGAGAAGCAGAAGGCCGAAGAGAAGAGUGCCAUGCUGGAGCAGAGGACCGAAGAGCUCGAGAAACAAUUACGGACCUUGGAGCAACAGCUGGAGACAGAGGUGCAGGAGAAACAGAGUGCUGAGCAGAAGUGCUCUACGCUGGAGCUGAAGGUCACAGAGCUGGAAAAACCUUCAGAGCUGGAAAAUCCUUCAGACCUGGAUAAAGACAAGAAAGCCUGUGAGCAGUACCUCACAGAGGCAGUCCAGCUGUGUCACACACUGAGCUCUGAGAGGGAAGUAAUUGCUGCAGAACGGGACAUGCUAAAGCAAACCCUCGAUCAACUCACUCAGGACAUUGAGAGACUGCAGAAAGACAACGAGGCGUUGAAGAAAGACAAAGAGACUCUCCUGAGAGACAUCGAAGAACGGAAAGACGCAGAGGAGUUCGAGAAACUCGAAGAGGAGAGCAAGAAAGACUAUGAGCGAGAGUUGGAGGCUGAAGUUUCAGCUUUGAAAAAGGCUGCGACAGAUGCAGAGGAUCUGGUCCAGAAGCUGAAGUCUGAUCUGGAGGUGAAGUCAGAUGAGCUGAAAAAGAAGAACGACAUGGUGACUGAUCUGCAGAGUUUGAAUGGUAAGGACCUUGUUCAGGAGGUAACACGGCUGCGCCGCUCGUUGGACGAUGCCGAAGGACUCAGCUUGGAAACUAAAAAGGAGUGGGCUUUCCUGCGUAGUGAGAACCUUUCCCUCAAAGAGCGAGAUGAGACUUUGACUGUUCAGUACAGCCAAAUGGAGAACGAUGUCAAGUCCCUGCAGAGCCAACUGGAGAAUGAGAAAUCCCGGUUUAAGAAAAUGCAGGCUGACCUCCAGAAAGAGCUGCUUGGGGCUUUUGAUGAGAACACCAAGCUCACUGCUCUUCUGGAUGGAAAAGUCCCUAAAAAUGUGCUGGAUAGCCUGACGCUAGAGAAAACAGUUGCUGAAUUAAAGAAGGACCUUGAGAAGAGCCAGGAGAGUGAGCGAGCUCUACAAAGCAGAAUGGAGGAGUUAAGGGCUCUAGAGGUUCUUCCCGCUAAAGUGGAUGAUUUGAUGAGACAGGUGUGUGACCUCACUGGUGAACUUUACUCAGUGCAAGAAGAGAGGGACAACCUUGUGGCCGCUCAGGCUGUGUCCCACGAGGACUGUGAGAGGCUGAGAGGAGAGGCUGUAAAGGUGCAGGAAGAACUUGAGAAACUUAAGACGAAUUUGGCUGACGCAGAACUCAAGGAAGUUCAGCUUGUCCAACAGUACACUGAGACCACAGAGCAGCUUGUAAAGGUCCAAACAGAUCUGCAACACCUCCUGGAGGAAAAGGAGAGUCUUCUUAGUGCCCUGGAGGAAGCUCAGCAGAAGUCAGUGCAGUUGGGUGAGGAGAUGGAAUUGCUUCGCUGUGAAGGAAAAAAGCAUCUAUCAGAUUUGACUGCCAUGACAGAAGAGAGGAACCAGCUUCAGGAAGCCAUUCACGCUAAAGACUCUGAACAUGCUGAGAAUGUUCAGAACCUCCAGAUAGAGCUGCAGACUGUUAAAGAAGAGAGAGAUCAAAUGAAGAGAGACCUGGAGGAAAAUGUGGAGCUGAUGAUUGAGAACCAAGAAGAGUUGAGAGCAGCUCUGGAGACGACAAAAGUGCAACAGGACAAUAUAAAUCAACUGAGAGCAGAAAAAGCUCAGCUGGAAUCCAGACUGUCCAGUCCAUCCGACAACGGUCUUGUUGAGGAUCUGCAACUUCAGGUGAAGCAGCUGAAAGAAGAUCUUCAGUCAGCGUGUGCUGAUAGAGACACUGUUGUGUGUGAGAAAGCGCUGGACUCUGAGCUAGAGAGAAUGCAGGCCAAUAUCCACUCUCUGACUGAAGAGAGAGACCAGCUUCAGGAGAUAGUGCAGAGCCUGCGAGAAGAGAAAAGCCAGCUGAAGAGAGAAAUGGAGGAAAAAGAUGAGACGAUCAUUCACUUCCAGUCGCAACUGAAUGAGAGGCAGCUCUCUGGCUUGAAUUGUGUUGUUAAUGAGGAGAAUGAAGUUCAGCUUCAACAGAUGCAGGCUCUUAAAAAGGAGGCUGAAGAGUUGACUCAGGAGAAUUCUCAGCUUCGAACAGAACUUCAGGACAUGACGGACAAGGUUGGUGAUCUCACAGGUACUCUCAGUGCUGUGCAAGAUGAGAAGAACAACUUGGUUGCUGCGCAGUCCACCUUGAAUGACGAAAAUGUUAGACUUAAGGAAGAAAUGGAAAAAGCUCAAGAGGAGCUUAUCAAGAUGGAGAGUCAGAUGAUCGAUUCACAGCUGAAGGAAGCUGAAAUCAGCCAGCAGCACACUGAAACCACAGAGGAGCUCGCAAAGGCUCAGGCAGACCUGCAGCACUUCACUGUGGAGAAUAACAAACUGCUCACAUCUCUGGAAGAAGCCAUCCAAAAAGCAGCCCAGCUGGAUGAAGAACUCCAAUCUCUUCGAUGUGAAAAAGAGCAGUUGCUGUGCAAGAAGAGUGAGGGAGCUAGUGAUCAAGAAGAGGUGAAGAUCCUUCGUGCUACAGUUACCUCAGUGACCGAGGAGAGAAACCAGCUUCAGGAGAUCCUUCAGGGUGUGGGAGAAGAGCGCCAGCUCGAGAGAGAUCUGGAAGAGAGCAAUGACAUGCUCAUGCAGGCACAGGAGAAGCUAACUCGGAGCGAGAUCAGUUCACCACAAGAAGCCACAUGUGUGAAAGAUGAAGUCCAACAACAACUACAAGAGCAACUCACAGCACUGAGUGAGGAAAAUCACCAGCUGAAGAUGGAUGCUCAGGAAAAUGUGGAAAUGAUGAUUGAGACUCAGGCAGAGUUGAGGUCAGCACUUGCGAAUAUAAAGGAACUAGAGAAGAACAUACGUGAGUUGGAAGUGCAGAAGACUCAGCUGGAGUCCAAACUGUCCCGGACAGACAGCAGUGAGGAGAGCAAGCUUGUGGAGGAUCUGAAAAAUCAGAUUGACCGUCUGAACGAAGAACUCAAAGCGGCCAAUGAGGAAAAGCAGCUCCUCCUUUCUGAGAAUACACAGGAUCAUUAUACUGAAGAGCUGGAGAGAGUCAGGGCCAACGUGAGUACUCUCACUGAGGAACAAGACCGACUUCUCAACAUACUACAGGGCCUGAGAGAAGAAAAGAACCAGCUAAACAAUGUCCUAGAAGAGAAGGAAGACAUGAUUGUGCAGCUGCGAGAGGAACUUCACUCCACUGCUACAGAGAGAGACGAGCUUCUGAGCAGAAGUACUGAAGACACUGUGGAGGAUGCUUCACUGGAGAUGAUCCGCAGUAGUUUAUCCUCUCUCAGUGAAGAAAGAGACCAACUGGUGGAGAUCCUGCAGGGCCUGAGGGAGGAGAAGAACCAGAUGUGCAAUGAGCUGGAAGAGAAAAAUCAUAAGCUGAUGCAGCUGAUGGACGAGCUCCAAACCACUACAGCUGAAAAGGACAACCUACUGGCUGAGAAAUCUAAAGAUGACCUCGAUAACAAAGCCGAGUUGGAGAGACUCCAGGUCAGUGUCACGUCUCUGACUGAAGAGAGAGACCAGGUGACCGACGAGAAUAAACGGCUGAAGAUUGAACUUCAGGAGACCUCUGAAAAGGUACAGGAGUUAAGAGAGACACUUCAGUCUACAUGUGCAGAGAAAGAACAUCUUCUGUCAGAGGCCACCAAAGAGAGUCUCACUCGCAUGGCUGAGAUGGAACAGAUGCAGGAAGAUCUCACCUCCAUUACUCAGGAGCGAGACCAGCUUCAUGAGCUGCUGCAGAGCGUGAGCGUGGAGACGCUUCAGCUUAAGAAAGAUCUUGAGGAGAAGGAUGGAAUGGUGGUGCAGCUGACGAAAGAUUUCCAGUCUGCUAGUAAUGAGAAGGAUCGUCUUCUGUCUGAAAAUGCUAAUUGCAAGCUGGAGAAUGUGGAGAUGCUGGAAAGACUUCAAGCAAACAUCACAUCUCUAACUGAAGAAAAAGACCAGCUUCUAGAAGUGCUGCAAUGUAUGAGGGAGGAGAAGAACCAGCUCAGAUCUGACCUGGAUAUGAAGGAUGAAAUGAUACAGCAGCUGAAGGAUCUUCAGACAGAGAGAGAGCAGUCAUCAUCGUGUAACUCUGCAAAUGAGGAUGGAGACAGUCUCCAGGAGCUGCUGCAGGGAGUGAGAGAGCUCAUCCAGGUCCAAGGCUUGAAGCAGCAGAAACCGCUGAGUCCUAAAGCCACCCGGAAAGCUGAGCUUCAGCAGGCCAGUCAAAUUAUGCAGUCUCUUAAGGAUGAAGUUGAGUCUUUAAGGAAUGAGAGGGCGUUACUCCGAAAUGAUCUUCGGGAAGCUGCCGAAACAUCUAAAGCCUACCAGGACUUGCUCCAUUCCACGAGGGAGGAGUUGAGGCAGCAACAGAUUGCUAACUCGAAGGCACAAAGUGCUGAAAAGGAGACUCUACUUCAGCAGCAGAUGAGCCAGAUGAAUGCUGAUCUUUCGUAUCUGAGAGAACAGCUCAUGUCAAAGAAAACCUCAGAGACUCAAAGCCUCAACACAGAGAUGCAGAAUCUUCUGACUCGCAUUACCUCACUCGAGGAAGAAAAAGCAAAACUCCAAAAGCUCCUCGAGGCUGCCAGAGAAGAAGGAGCUAACCUGAAAUGUGACCUUCAGGAGAGCGAGCAAACGAAGCACAAGCUUAUGGAAGAGCUGGACAGUCUUGGUGGCAUUAAAGAGCAGCUUCUUAACGAAAAAACGCAUGCUGAUCAGCUCCAGGAGGUUUUCCAUGGUGUCAGAGAGGAGAGAGACCAACUCAGGAGGGAGCUGGAGGACAAAAUGGAAGAGAUAACGCACAUUGAGGAGAAGGUGCAAGGACUGGAAAAGGAGAAAAUACAGCUGGAGUCUGAAGUCAGUUCUUUGAAUCAGACUCUUCAUAUUGUGAAUGAACACCCUAAUGCCUCUAAUGAAGGAAGGCUGAAGGUGAUGUCUGAGAUUGAAACCUGUAAUGAAAAGCUUAAGGUUGCGUUCUUCAAGCUCCAGGCGAUCAUCGACCGUCCAAAACCCAAAGGUCAUCUUGCCGAUGGCAACAGCAAAGAGAAUGCCUUGUUUUGUCAGCUGUUACCGUUUGUUCCAAUCUCUCAUAGAUCUACGUUCACUUGUCUGACUUCCAAAACAACUCAUCUUGAUGACCUGCUUAGGAAAAAUGAGGUGACCUUGCAAAAACUCGCAGCUCUGCACCAGGCCCACUUUAUGAAGCAAGUUCACCGUGACAUGGCUUCUUUCGAGGAGAGAAGGCUGCAUGAUGUGCUUAUUCGCCAAGCUCAGGCUCCGUCACAAUCCCUCCUGAUGCUCCCCGGAGACUUCCAGGAGAUUUGGGAUCAGAGGCUGUUGGAACUUUUGGACAAACGCAGGCAGUAUCUGCAGAACAUGAACAGCAUUCUGGACUUCCUGGAAGACGGUGUCGCCAAGCAUGCAGUCACACUCUCAGAGGAACUUCAGGCACGAAACAGUGCUAAUGAGGAGAGCAGGGUGCUGGCUAGAACGGCAAACAUAGCCGCUAUAGUUCAGUUUUUCGAGCGAGAGCUCGAUCGACGCAUAGCUUUGGCAGAGCGGCAGAAAGUUUUCUGCCAAAGUAUGCUGGAUAAAUACAGCUCUGCAGUCUCUGUCCUGAAGCCUUUGGAGGAGGAGUCAAUACAGAAGCUGAAGGAAGAGAGGAGUGAGAGUCUGGCCCUGCUGCCAUCUCGGAGCAGUGAGAAGCCCAAAACUGAGGCUGACCUACUGCAGGACAAACAACGCCUCUCUCUUCAGUUACAACAGGCUCAAAAACACUUAGAGGUGCUUCAAAAGAAAGUGGAGGAGUUGAAGGCCCAGGCAGACAUGUCCAACCGGAAACAUGCAGCCAAGCUUGAAGAGCUGAGCUCUGCUUUAAAGGAGAAAGAGGAUCUCCUCCAGAGCCUGCAAAUGAAGCUGAAGGAGUCUGAGGCUCUCGCAAAAGUGAAGAUGCCACCCAGUGCUGCCGAAAUGGAGGCCAUGAAAGAUAAACUGGUGAAGAUGGAGUUUGACCACAUCGCUGUAACGACCGGCCAUGAAAAAGAAAUAGCACAGUUAAAGUCAGUGGUGGAGCACAGAGGUGAUGUCAUCCGCAAGCUGAAGGAGACUCUCCGAAAAACCCAACAUCAGGACGAACAGUCAUUUGUGGAAGGUGAGGAACCUCAUGCUAAACCUGGCACCCAGGCCAAACCUGCUUUUCAAAAGGAUAAAAAGAUUGAGGAGCUGGAGAAGAAGACUGCACAGUUUGAAAGCCUGGUGAACAAGCAACAAGAAGAGAUCACUAAAUGGAAAAACAGAGCAUAUAAACUGAGAGAGAGUAAGAAAGAAGCUCCUCUUUCUCCACGCACCCCAACCAAGCGACCGCUGAUGUUAGCAGAAAGUGAAGUGAACUCUCCCAAGAAAUCAGCCCUCGACUCUCCCAAAAGCAAGUUCUUUGACCUCCAUUCUGGCACAGAGACGAUGUCGCUCAAGUGCCCAAAGCAGUUCUUCGAUAACUCCAGCCUUGGGACUAUGCCAGACGCCGGCCCCAGCUCAGCCGUCUGCUCUAAUGACACUAAUGCAGAAAACUGGUGGCAUAUUCCAAGCGCUUCUCCACGGAAGGCCGACCUCAACCUGGAUGCCAGCCGCUGUCAAACACAGUGAUUUUUAUGUUUGUCUGUCUGUCUGGUUUUGGUUGUUUGUCUGUCAUUUUUCAAUAGUAUUUCCCUAAACUUUUUUUGGAUGUUGCACUUGUAGGGAAGAGUUAAGUCAUGUCAGUUUCUAGAAUAAAAUUA